AAUAUCUUAACCCUUGGAUGCCAAAGAGGAUGCUGCCCUUGGGUGGGUCAGCCUCCCCCACCCCCCAUCCAUUCAGGGGAUUGCCGAGGCAGAGUUAAGUGCUCUCUUCACUCAUUUCCUGGGACCUAAGCCUUUGUCACCUUUAUUCUACUUGCUUUCCUAAAUGGAAAAGGUUGGAGAAAAAGAAUUUAAUAUGUUCCCACACAUUCUGCACCCAUAGUCCAUGUCUGCUAAGAGGAGGGAGGUGGGCUUCACCAUCAGCCUUAUGAAGUCAUCUAUCCUCUUUCUUUUACAGAUAGGGAAACUUCGGCCCAAAGAGGUUAAAUGAUUUACUCAUGAUCACAAUUAAGCUAGUAACACAACCAGGAUUCAAACCAUCUCCUGACUUUUUUUUUUUUGCCCCUUCUGUCUUAGAAUUGAUACUAAGUAUUGAUUCUUAGGCUAAAGGGCUAGGCAAUGGGUAUUAGGUGACUUGUCCAGGGUCACCCAGCUAGGAAGUGUGUGAGGCCAUAUUUGAAGCUAUACUCUGAGCCCCUCAGCUGCUCCCCCUCAAGUCUCUCUUUCCACUGUACCAUACUGCUUGCUCCAUCUCGUUUCCUCAACUUUAGGAUCCAGGAGCAGCUGCUUCUUGGAGCCAAAAAAUAAAGUUGUUUGCUUUGUUCCCUUCUGGCUCCUGGAGGUAUUAGCAGGUGUCCAUGAUGACCAAGCUGGGAUCCUGUCCAGACCACCUGGGAAGUCCCUGCCUAGAGGGUUCUGGGGUAGCUCUACUCCCAAAGACAGGGCGUGUGCCCCAGAUCAGGGAGAGGAUUGGGAGCACGUGUGGACCUUGGUCUUUCUUCUCCUGGGCCUUCCACACUCCAUUGCUGGGCCACGAGAUAGAGUUUGGACUUAGAUCAAAGUUCUUAGGUGGGAAGAGGAUCCCAGGGGGCCAGAGAACUCAUGCUGGCACUAUUGUGCUUGACUUGGCUCAGCCCCUUGGGCCAACCCCCAUUGAUCCCGGCCUCUAAAUAGGGCCUCCGCGUCCUACCUGCACACACUCAGAUCUGGUUCCUCAUUCCUAUAGAUCCUGCUGCUGGAGCUGCCUCUCCCAGUUUAGCUCUGAAGGGGCCCACGUGGACAGAAAGCCCUGAGGCACUGCUGGAUAGGCUGCUCCCUUUCCUACAUCCAUUCCCACCUCCUCUGACUACUCAGAACUCAUUCCGGAUUCUGCCUCCCUUUCUGAAUCUUUCCCACCAUGGCCUCCAAGAAGCUGGUGAACUCGGUGACAGGCUGUGCGGACGAGGCCCUGGCCGGGCUGGUGGCCUGCAACCCUGACCUCCAGAUGCUGCAGGGACACCGAGUGGCCCUGCGCUCGGACCUGGAGAGCCUGAGGGGCCGGGUGGCCCUGCUCUCCGGGGGGGGCUCCGGCCACGAGCCUGCCCACGCAGGCUUCAUAGGCAAAGGCAUGCUGACUGGGGUCAUUGCUGGCGCGGUGUUCACGUCCCCGGCGGUGGGCAGCAUCCUGGCAGCGAUACGGGCAGUGGCCCAGGCUGGCACAGCCGGAACUCUGCUCAUCGUGAAGAAUUACACCGGGGACCGCCUCAACUUCGGGCUGGCCCGGGAGCAGGCCCGGGCGGAGGGCAUCCCGGUGGAGAUGGUCGUCGUCGGCGACGACAGCGCCUUUACCAGCCUCAAGAAGGCGGGCCGGCGGGGCCUCUGUGGCACCGUGCUCAUCCACAAGGUGGCCGGGGCUCUGGCCGAGGCUGGUGUGGGGCUUGAGGAGAUCGUCCGGAGAGUGAGUGCAGCCGCUGCCGCCAUGGGCACCCUGGGGGCCAGCUUGUCCUCCUGCAGCGUCCCAGGCUCCAAACCGACCUUCCAGCUUCCUGACGAUGAAAUGGAGCUGGGCUUGGGGAUCCACGGCGAGGCUGGUGUACGGCGAAUGAAGAUGGCCACCGCCGAUGAGCUAGUGAAGGCCAUGAUUGACCACAUGACUGACCCGUCCAAUGAGUCCCACGUGCCCGUCCGGGCUGGCUCUGCGGUGGUCCUGGUCGUCAAUAACCUGGGUGGCCUGUCCUUCUUGGAGCUGGGCAUCGUGGCCGACGCGGCAGUCCGCUGCCUGGAGGCCCGUGGGGUGAAGAUUGCCCGUGCCCUGGUGGGCACCUUCAUGUCGGCCUUGGAGAUGGCCGGCGUCUCCCUGACCCUCCUGCUGGCAGAGGACGCCCUCCUUCAGCUGAUAGAUGCCGAGACCACAGCUUCUGCCUGGCCCCGCGUGGCCAGAGUGCCCGUGACGGGGCGCCCCCGGAGCAGGGCGGCUCCCGCAGAGGAGCCGGAGGGCCCAGAGCCGGCCGCCGCGGAAGGGGCGGCCUCCCGGCGGGCAGCUCUCGUCCUGCAGCGCGUGUGCGCCACCCUCCUCGGCCUGGAGGAGCACCUGAACGCUUUGGACCGGGCUGCUGGGGACGGCGACUGCGGCACCACCCACAGCAGAGCUGCCAAAGCCAUCCAGCAGUGGCUGGAGGAGCGCCCGCCCCCCAGCCGCCCCGACCACUUACUCUCGGCCUUGGCUCGGCUCCUGCUGGAGAAGAUGGGGGGCUCCUCGGGGGCACUUUAUGGCUUGUUCCUGACCGCGGCUGCCCAGCCCCUCAAGACCACAGCUGGCCUGCCCGCCUGGACUGCUGCCAUGGACGCCGGCCUGGAGGCCAUGCAGCGCUACGGAAAGGCGGCUCCCGGGGACAGGACCAUGCUGGACUCGCUGUGGGCCGCCGGCCAGGAGCUGCGGGCCCUGCAGAGCCCGGGGGCCAACCUGCUGCAGGUGCUGAGCCGAGCCGUCCAGAGCGCCGAGGCUGCGGCGGAAGCCACCAAGACCAUGGAAGCCGGAGCCGGGAGAGCCAGUUACAUCAGCUCGGCCAGACUGGAGCAGCCGGACCCAGGGGCUGUGGCCGCCGCCGCCGUGCUCCGGGCCAUCCUGGAGGCCUUGCAGAGCCAGGCCGCGUGAGCCCCCUCCCGUGGGCCCCCUCCCGCCCCGCCCUGCCCCUCUGUAGGCCGGCGCAGCGCGUGGCACCGUCCCCUCCGCACCGUCGUGUCCGUAAACGCAAAAAGGCGUCCAAACGGCAGGACGAGGAUCAGGUCGUCGUGCGUGUCAAGGCCCCCUUCCCGGAGCCGAGGCCCAGCAAGCCUGGAUCCGUACACCCGCGGGGGGCGGCCGCCCCGGCCCAGGCAAAGCCCGCCUCGGGUUUACCGGGGACUCCGGCCUCCAGGACAGCAGGGUCUGCCCCGCUCCCCGGCCCUCCGCGGGGCUAGCCGGGUGCCUCCGUGACGGGCCCACGUGUUUAAAGCUCUCAGUGGGAGCCUUUUGUCAAUAAACGGGCAGACGGCGAAAGCCAAUAAAUCAUGUCCGAGCUGCCGCGAUCGGA